UAGUAGUACGACUCAAUGGCGGGUCAGAUGUAAUUUUAUACUUUUGAGUAGUAUAAGUCUAUUUAUAACAUUGAGGCUAAUUUAUUGAUUUGACUUCUAAUUUUGGGGAUUGUACAGAUUGAGUUGUUCAUCAUAAACGUAAAACUUACCGUGAUUGCAGUAAGAUGAGUUAUGGCAUAAUACACCAUGUCUGUAAAGUUUAAUAUAUUUAUAUGUAAUUAAAAAAAUUAAAUAGUUUUUGGAUACAUAUACAAAAGAUUUAUAUCAAAUCUGGACUCUAAAAUAUCUGUAAUGUAUAAAUCUCAAUUUGUUGGUCUGGACGAUAUACCUUGUGAUACAAGAUGUCUGUUGUGCGAUUGCACAUUUGUUCUCCCUAGAAACGAGACAGAGUUUCUUACACACUUAUUCAAGAUUCAUCGUCUCGUAAUAGGAGAUGUUUGGAAAAUAGCUAGUUUGAGAAGUUAUGUACAUUACUGGAGUGUAAAAUUUAAGGAAGCUCCAUUGACAACUUACUGCACUACAUUAUUGAUGGACAGCACACCCGAUGGCCAACCAAGCAAAAAUGAACAUUAUUUCUUGCUUUCUGACUGCUUGUUGGAAGACAAAACUUUGAGAGAUGAGAUACAUCAGGCUAAAUUGGAAUGGGUGCUAGCACAACAGGAAGCUGAGCGCACAGACACCAGCUUUAAGCGUGAUUGCAUGUUUUGUCACAUGGAAUUCUAUGGGUCACGUGCUGCCUAUAUAAAGCAUCUUUACGAGAAGCACAAUCUCCAUCUUGGUAAACCAGAAAACUUAGUAUUCCUGGAUGAGCUACUGGACAAGAUUGAAAGCACUGUCGCAAGUUUAAUAUGUAUUUAUUGCGAAAAGACAUUUAAAGAUCGUAUGGUACUGAAGGAACAUAUGCGAAAGAAAUUCCACAAGUAUAUAAAUCCUAACAAUAAAGCCUACGAUAAAUUUUACAUAAUCAAUUAUUUGGAGCCAGGGAGAACUUGGAAGCAACGACAGGCUAGUUCAGAAAAGAGUCCGGAUCUGGCAGGCGGUAGUAGCGAAAACGAAGAUGAAGAAGCGUCGUGGUCCGAUUGGAAUGACGAGUCUAUUGGAAUAGCUUGCUUAUUUUGUAAAUAUAUCAAUAACGAAUUUACUUGCAUUUUGGGACAUAUGAGGGAAGCACAUGGAUUUGAUUUUGAAGAAACAGUGAAAGAUCUGACAUUUUACCAGAAGGUUAAGGUUGUUAAUUAUAUAAAAAGGCAGAUACAGCUGCAAAGAUGCAUUUUCUGCGAAACAGAAACAGACAACGUCUUGGAGCACAUGAAAAGUCAGCAGCAUUGCAAACUUGCCACGCGAAAAGUCUGGGAUCAGCCAGAAUAUUAUUUUCCCAUGUCUGAGAAUGAUUCAUUUUUAUAUAAUCUUGAUGCAACCAGCAACAGCGACGAAGAAAGUGUAGAAAAUAUUACUGAAGCAGUGUCUAAUUUAUAAAUGAUCGUCUUAGUGUAACAAGCACUGAAGUUUUAUUCAGAAUUUAGUUAUAAUUGACUGUAAUUAAAAUAAUUAUAUUUUGUAAAUUUAUUGUAUAGUUGUAAAUAUUAGAAUCUUGUUACAUAUUCACCGUUAUAUCACAUCACUGUUAUUAUAUAUACUGUAUAUGUAAUAAAUAAAUUUAUUAGAUCAUUUA